UAUGUCGGCGAAUAUAAUUCAGAUGAAUCAAGGGAAGUCGCGCGCAGCAGGCCGCCGGGUUUGUGACCCCGGCCCGAGUUCUUUAUGCCUUAGGACCGGCGGGCGCGAUCAUGUGCAUGAUUCAAUUGGCGCAACCUGCAAUCUACUUAUCUCUCAUCCAACGUUGCCUUCGCAGUGUGCAUGCCAUAAGAAAGUCGCGUCAGUUGACGGCCUGGAUUGUGUCGCCACUUAGUACACAACCCAGCUACACGCCGAUUCCGCGCGUAGCUAGUCGCGAUAUCUGGCUACAGCUGCUGGCUUUGCAGUGCGCACAUUAGCGAACAAAGCAACGACGUCGCGACGUUAAGGGCACAAACCACGUGUAGAUAUUUGAAGACGCAGCCUGGCAGGUGGCAGCUCUAAGCCAUUCAGGACUUCAUUUACGGCUCGCUGACAACCACGAGGCCCGGCCAGGCGACAGUAGUGCAGAAAUGUUGGAACAGUUGGGGUCGCCGCUCACCGAGCUGCCCGGCCCGGUGCUGCAUCUCAUCGUAGCCAUGUCAGGGACAGCUGCAGUGGCGUGUGCAGCCUCCAGCCUUCAGGCGGCCUGGGCGUCCGUCACAAAGUGCCCAUCGCUUCUUGCUCGCUUUCUGCUCGCUCGGCACGGUUCUGCCACUGCGCUUUAUCACGCCUACAAUGUCCCCGAGUUGCGGCGACUGCUAGAAUCGUCGCAAUCCAGCACUGGACAAUUUGGCGAGUCGCAUGCGGCAAGCGACGCUGCGUUUCUGCGCCUGAUCAAGGAGCUACUGAAGCUUGGGGCUCACCUGAAGCCGCAGGCUCGCUUCCUAUUGACGGCCGCUGCAAGCUAUGGAGACACGCGCGUGUUGGAAAUCCUGCUCCGCAACGGCGCCGAUGCUGCCAGCUGCGGCGGCCGCGCCCUCGUCGCCGCGGCAUCCGGCGGGUACGUCAGCGCCAUGGAGGUCCUGAUGUCCUCAGGAGUGAGCGCGCGGGCGGAGAACGGCGCGGCCCUGCGCGCCGCCUGCAAGCACGGACAGCUGCCGGCGGCGCGCCUCCUGCUCCGUCGAGGCGCGGACCCCCGCGCAGCGGCGGGCGCAGCGCUGGCGGAGGCUGCCGGCACCGGCCACCUGGCAAUCGUGCUGGAAUUGCUGGCGGCAGGAGCGGACGCGCGUGCCGACGGCAGCCGCGCGCUGCAGGAGGCCGCCGCGGGCGGCUUCGCGCCCGUGGUGCUGGCGCUGCUGGUGGCGGGCGCGCAGCCGGGCGUCCGCAACGGCCUGGCUCUAAGGCGCGCCGCCGCCGGCAACCACACCGCUGUGGUACAGGUGCUGCAGGCGGCGGCGUCACGUGACAUGUCCGUACCAGGCAUUGCGUCCUCGGCGUCUCCGCCGUCGUCCUCAUCAGCGUCGCUGUCGCUGGCUGGAAACCAGCAGGGCCGCGUGCUGGGCACCGGUGCCGCCGCUGCCACAGGCCGUGCUGUUGGCGGCACCAGCCCCCCAAAACGUGCUGGCGGUAGCGGCGGCGUGGUUGCGGCAGUGGCGAACGGCCGCACCAACAGCGGCGGGUGGUCGUCUGUGGCCGCGGCGGCGCUGCCUCCAGCCGCCGUCGCGUCCGCCAGCCGCCGCAGCGGCAACGGCUUAACCACGCCGCGGCCGAGUGGCGUCGCCAGCAUGCUCAAUGUGCACUCCAUCACUGCACCGGCGGGUAUUGCCGGCUGUUGGCCACACGCGGGCCCUAGCGUGUGCGCCUACGUAGCCAGCAGUGCCACCGAGAAGGCCGUGGCGGCUCCGCCGCCGCCCUCGGGCGCCCGCCACGCCUCGCAGCCGCACAGCCCCGUGUGCACGGUGGCGGGGGCUGCUGACGCUCGCUCGCUGUUCGCAUCCAUGAUUUUCGGCGGCAUCGCGACCAGCGGUGCGGCGGCGGCGCAGAUGGCAGUUGGCGGUCAGAGCGUAUAGAUAGUGUGCCUCCGGAUGAUGAGCCCGUCCUUUAGUUGCGCCGUCGCCCAGCACGCACGGUGCAAUCAAGGCGCACCUACCUGGGGGCAACAAGAGAGCGUAAGCUGCUUGAAAGACGGCUUCAUGGCGUGAGUUUCCGUGGAACGCCGUGGGAAUGCGGCGGCGCUGUGGAUCGCAAUUACGCUGUUUGUUGUUGUGUUUGCUUGAGUGCCUAGCCAUGCUGCAUGGUGGAGUACCUACAGCAGACGCCGCAUGAACAAGCACGUUUAUUGUGAUGGUGUGCUUGCACGCUCGGUGGCAGAGACACGCUCUUGCUGAUGAAUGCAAGCCGUGUCUGGCCGCUGUACACGUGUCGACAUUCCAUGCAUGCAUGCCAUGGUUGCCGGAUGGAUUUUCUGGUCGCCGUGUCUCUCCAGCAAGACGCGGGGUAUCUAUGCUCUAUUAGAUUCAGUUGGGAGGCACGGUAUGCAAAUUGAUGUGUGGGGGCGUGUUUGGGAUUGGGGACUAUAUAAGAGCUGUGUGCCUUCUGCCACACCGUGUGGACUGCGGAGCGGACCGUACAGUCCUGCUGUACGAUACUGACUCCCGGUGUGAGUGAGAGCUCCUGCGGUCCGAUUCGGUGCAGGCUUGUCGCAAUUGGGCUUCAAUCUUGGAACGCCCCACGGCAUUGGAGUGAACAUGGACCUUUCUUUACUUGAUGCGGGGGCCUAAUGCUGUGCACGAACCAUAUUCACGUGGCCCUGAAAGGGGUUUGGGGCCGAUUCAAUUCCUCCAGUGCGCAUGCGGGGGUUGGGGGAUGCGGGUGCCCGUAGUUGACACGGGUGUUCAUUAGUAGCAAGGAGCUCAAUCGUACCAAUGUACCUGCUCCCCAAGGAGAGCCGCUUAACGUAGCGGCCGUUUUUUCUUAAUUGAGGCGAUGAAAUUAUUUUAUAGGCUAUAGAUUUAUAGGGAUCCAGGUGGAUGGCGGAGCGUUCCGGGUGUCUGGCACCUGUGAGCGAGAUUAUACAAGUAAGGGCGCCCUGGCCCGGAGACAGGAUAGCUUGCGCAGGCCCGGAGCAACUGUGUGCGAGUGACGAGUCUGCUGGCAUUAAUUUAGGGGCAGCGCAUCAUAUUAAAACACGACGGGCUUGGCUGUUAGAAGGGUUGGGUGCGUGGCCUUUCAAGCUUUGGAUUGCACACACCCUGCGCACACAAGAGGAAGAGUGAGAGUGGUCUGGAGCAAGUGUUGGAGCAUUAAUGGGGAUGCAUGCAUGCGCGUUGCAGCCGCAAAGCGAGCAUGUUCACGCAGGCAUGCAUGUUGCACUAAACAUGCAGCAGGUCUGCUGCUGCCCUGAGCAAUUGCAUGGCCGUGUACUGCGAGUUUGUGCAGCCCGCGAGCGUGGGGCGGGUGUAGGCCUGGGGCUUGGGCCACUUGGCACCUGGCACUCCCCCCCUGCAUGGCACAAGACUCCAUCUGCUGGCACGCUGCCAGCACGGGAGAAAAGGGUGGACCCCUGCAGGGAAGCGCUGGUGGUUUGGAAGCAACCACAUGGCAUCACACUGAGCCGAGCAAGGCGCCCUGGCCGAGGCACAUGGCGGCAAUGGCUGGAUCACCACCAGCACUAAUCGCUUCGUAGAAUAUUCUAUUUUGUUUGCAAGCUUGUUACGCACAUGGUGUUGCUGAUUUCGUGUGAUGGGCUGGAUGUAGCCGACGGACGUUCCGUACCUUGUCGUGGCGGCGUGCUGCAUCAUUGUGUAAGCUUUGGGUUGGCGUUUCAGAAUGCCGUCCAGGGUCAUGUGAUGGCUUGAGAUUGCAUUGGUUGCACGAGGGACCUGGCUUGAGGAUGCAAAGACAAUUAUUGCAGUGGCGAUGCUGUCUCCGGGGUGUGUCUCCAUGACUGACGUGAGUGCUACGGCGGAGUCGGUGCAACGGGUGGUGCGGGGACUUGGAUGGUUGCAGUGCGGGGGGCCGCCCAUCCUGCUCACUGCCUACACGGUGA